UUUAAAACUUUUUUCUGUCCCUUUUUGUCUACAUAACAUAUUAUUCUUCUUUUAUUAAGCUCAGUUUAGUUGUCCAUAUAUUCAUCCUACAAAAUUGCAGCUAUAGUUAUAGUUAUUGAACACGCAAAAGUUAUCGACCGACUCGACUGUUCCGACACAACACGAACAACGGAAACAGUAACUCUAGAAACGAAACAUUAACGAUUCAGCGCCACAAUAAAGUUUGAUAAUACAAAAUGGAGAAUAUCAACGUGAGCCAUUCUCUUGCUCCGUCAUUGCAUGAUAGGCAGAGUCAUAACCAUCAUGUGGCUACUGUUCUUCCUGCUACAACUAUCACUUCUUCGGACGAAAACCAAGAUGUGGCACAUUUGACAGCAGUCAAAGAUGAGCAAGAGUUGGUGACUACACAACCAUCGAACGAUAACAUCACAGGCUCCGUAGUUAACCGUUCUGCUCUUCCGAAUCCAAUGCAGGAGAGCACCAACGAUAAUGACACAAACCAACGACUUGCUGUUCCUCAGAUUCAAGAACCAUCGCCUCGCGGCACGACAGCCAACUCAUCUACCACCGCACUAUUUAAUUCGCAAAUGGUCCAUAUCGUUCCUACUAACUUGUCGAUGCCUCCUGAAUACAGCCGGGUCGACCAGUUGGAGAAAUACCAACAACAAGCUCAAUAUGAUGCAUUACAACUGGCCCGAUUGGAGGCGUUUCAUCGGACGAAUCCGGGCAUUGUGAUAUAUAAAUAUUUUAAUCGUCAUAGCAGCAGCCACCAUGAAAAUGCUAUGCUUUCGUCUACAUUGAGAGAGGACGAGAGUGGGCAUACCAUUAGCCUCAAUAAUGCUCUUUAUGCUUGUGUAGUAUUUCAAUUCUGGGGCUUUCCAGUCACCUUUUGGCUCUUACUCUUCGGAUUCAUUGGCUGCUUGUCCUUCAUUGUGCACGAGAUGCCUAAUCUGUACUUGCUGUUGUGGAUACCCUUAGGCCUUUAUCUAAUAGGUGUGAAAGUUGUACAUUCUAGACAGCGACGAUGGUUAGCCCGCUUGGAAGAUUUAGAAAGUCAAGUUCAGCAGGAGAGAAGCAGGAGGUUGAUAACCGGCCGUACCAGCCAUGAUAAUAGCAGCAGAACAACGGAGGAAGAGGUCAUCAAAGAUAAAUAUAAGGAUCACUUCUUCAUCAUUAUGGAGGAUGAAAAUCACUCUCAUUCAGUCGUGACUUUAUUACCGCCUCCACCAGCUUAUUUGAAAGCAAAUGACCAAUGAAUUCAAUUGAUAAAUAUCAAUCUUUAAGACAAGCUUUCUCUUAUCGAGAAAUGCUAUAUGUAAAUAUUUCCUUAAUUAUGUAUAUACAGUAUUAUUUAUUUCUUUCCUUAUAGUUAAAUCUAUUCUUGACG